CAACAGCAAUUUUCAGCCUUCACUCAUCUCACUGCUGGAUCGCUUUGAUCACCAACGGUACAGCCCAUCAUGUUUGCUCUACGAAGAAUCAUCGCCCGUCCGAUGCUGCGCGUCGCGACACGUCAGAUCCACGUGACAUCACGUCGAUUCGCCUCUGCUGACCAGCCUCCCAACAUGCAUCAACUCGAGUCGAUGAUGAAUGACCCUCAUAUCCGUGAGACUUUCGAGAAGCUGAGCCGUCAUCCUCCGGCCAUUGAGGCUAUGCAGAAGAUGGGAGAUGUUAUCAAGAGCAAGGGGCUUGACACUUCUCAGCCACCGAGUAAGAUGGAUAUCAUGAAGCUCAUGAUGGAUAAGGAAUUCCGUGAUGCGGCGACAACAUUGACCACUGAGAUGCAAAACGCUGGUGUCGAGAUUAACCCCGAUGUUGGUCGUACCUACCCGGCUCCUUGUCGUCUAUAUCACUGACAAUAUCAUUAGGUCUUCAUGAAGAUGAUGCAGGG